AUGUUGCAUCUAUUUUCAUUUCCUUGCUCCAACCCUGCUUCUACCACAACCUUCACUUCCCCAUUUCUCCUUCAUACUACGUCGUCUCACCUCUCCGGUAAAUCUCCCACCUCUCCGUUUUCGAGAAGGUCGUUUAACCCACCUGCACUCCGGUCAAUUCUCCCUGCGAGUACCAGCUCUUCUUUACAACUCUUCGAUGUCAACGAGAGCAAAAGCAUGUGUGAGUUCUAUGACGUGGAACUUAAAGUUCGUGAUUAUGAGGUUGAUCGGUAUGGUGUGGUCAACAAUGCAGUUUAUGCUAAUUAUUGCCAACAUUGUGGUGAUGAAUUUUUUAAAAGCAUUGGUAUUAAUUUUGCUGAUGUGAUUCGGAGUGGUGAUGCAAUGGCACUGUCAAAUUUAUCCCUCAAAUUCCUUGCACCAUUAAGAAGUGGAGACAAAUUUGUUGUAAGGGUUAGAAUUUCCGGCAUAUCGGCAGCUCGUUUAUACCUUGAUCAGUUCAUCUAUAAGCUACCAAAUCACAAGCCUGUUUUGGAAGCCAAAACCACCGUAGUGAGGCUUGAUAAAAACUAUCGUCCUCUUCGAAUUUCAGAAGAUAUGAAGUCUAAAAUUUUUAAAUGUAUUGGUGGAGACGACUCUUAAUGCAAAUUUCUGAAGAA